UCUCAAAUUCUCAAUAACAGUGUUUCUUCACUAUAACCAUGGCUUUGAGUCUUUGACCGUCAAUUUUGUCUCAAAGACUCUCAAGAGCUUCUUCUUCUUCUUUUUGGUUAAAGACUCCCAAGAGCUUGGUUACAUGUGCAAACGCUAAAUCAUCAACGACCGGGAGCCACGUCGUAGCAUAAACAAAGAUCGAAGUAGCUAUCUCACUUUUCUACUGCGAGUUCUAUAUGAUUCCCAGAGUCAGUUAAAACUGAGCAUUAAAACUUUGAAAGAAACAGGAAAUGAAAGAACAUUAAAGAGCUAUCAAUUCAGUUGGGCAAGCAGCAGUUGUUGUAGUGUUCCAGUUUGUGGGUUCUGCUCGGAGCUCGUUUUCCGGUGAUGGGUAAUCGAUUUAUUUGCAUGUCCAAGAAGGAAACCAAAGAGAAUGGAUCCAGAAGUAAGAGGGUGAACCGCUCACAGAGGAAACUUCUUGCAGACGAUGAGUUCUUGCACAGGCAAGCUCUUUCUAUGGCUAUUCAUCAGCACCAAUUGUCUCAGAGGUUUGAUGGAUCCAUGUCUAGGAGAAUCAAUGGCUCCACCAGCUCUAGGAGAACCACUCUGCCUGAUUCAGUGAUAAAGCAGGUACCUGAAAAUUUGGAUAACCUUACAACAAAAAAGUUUAUUUUAAUACACGGAGAAGGGUUUGGUGCAUGGUGUUGGUACAAGACAUUUGCUCUGCUGGAGGAAGUAGGACUGCUGCCCACUACCUUUGAUCUCAAGGGUUCUGGUAUUGAUCUCACAGAUUCUAACUCUGUUACUACUUUAGCAGAGUAUUCAAAACCCUUGAUUGACUAUCUACAAAGCCUUCCAGAGGAUGAAAAGGUUAUUUUGGUUGGUCACAGUACUGGUGGUGCCUGUGUUUCUUAUGCACUGGAGCACUUUCCAGAAAAAGUUUCUAAAGCAAUAUUCAUCUGUGCUACUAUGGUGUCUAAUGAUCAGAGACCCUUUGAUGUAUUUACUGAAGAGCUUGGUUCUGCAGAGGAUUUUAUGCAACAAUCAAAGUUUAUGAUUCAUGGAAAUGGAAAAGACCAGCUUCCUACAGGAUUUAUGUUUGAGAAAGAACAGAUGAAAGGGUUAUAUUUCAAUCAAUCUCCUGCAAAGGAUGUUGCUCUGGCUAUGGUGUCCAUGAGACCUAUCCCACUAGGUCCAAUCAUGGAGAAGUUGUCACUGUCACCUGAGAAGUAUGGAACUGGCCGGCGCUUCUUCAUUCAGACAUUAGAUGAUCGAGCACUUUCACCAGAUGUCCAAGAAAAGCUGGUGAGGGAAAAUCCACCAGAGGGAGUGUUCAAGAUUAAAGGCAGCGAUCACUGCCCAUUCUUCUCAAAGCCAACGUCACUGCACAAAAUAUUGGUGGAAAUUGCUCAGAUCCCAUAGCACAAAUAUCAGGAAGGAGAUUCCUGUAUCAUACCUUCCCUUUACUGAACAUAGUGUAGCUGAUUACGUAGUUCCACAAUGUGAUCACAUGGAAGCUAUAGUUGUAUGUAUAACAUUCUGGCCGGGUUUCUUUGUGCAAACUUAUGUUCUAAAUCGAUGACCACAAACUUCUUGAGA